UUUUGUUAUUUUUGGUAUUAGAAGAAGAGGUAUAGAUUUACCAUUUCCAGACUCUACUGAUUUUUUUUUUUUAUAAAUUUGGUGGAGAGCCUCAAGUAAACAGUCAACAUGUGGGAAUUCCGUUCCAUGAAUUUUUGGCGGGCGGUCUUUGCAGAAUUCUUUGGGACCAUGUUCUUCGUAUUCUUUGGCUUGGGCGCCGCCCUGCGCUGGACCACGGGUCCCCAUCAUAUCCUCCAUGUGGCCCUCUGCUUUGGGCUGGCAGCCGCCACCCUCAUCCAGUCAAUUGGCCACAUCAGCGGUGGCCACAUCAACCCCGCCGUUACCUUCGCCUACCUGAUCGGCUCACAGAUGUCUCUUUUCCGUGCCAUUUUCUACAUUGCCGCCCAGUGCUUGGGUGCCUUAGCUGGGGCUGCUGUACUGUACGGGGUCACGCCCUCCAACAUGCGGGGCAACAUGUCAAUGAACAUGCUGCAGCCUGGCAUCAGCCUGGGAAUGGCCACCACCGUGGAGGUUUUCCUCACCAUGCAGCUGGUGGUGUGUGUGUUCGCCGUGACUGAUGAGAGGAGAAAUGGACGCUUGGGAUCUGCUGCCCUCUCCAUCGGCUUCUCCGUCACCAUUGGACAUCUCAUGGGGAUGUACUACACUGGUGCUGGAAUGAACCCUGCUCGCUCCUUCGCUCCUGCUAUGCUCUUCAGGAACUUCGUCAACCACUGGGUGUACUGGGUCGGGCCUAUGAUAGGAGGUGCCAUGGGCGCCCUCCUGUACGAUUUCAUGCUGUUCCCACGCAUGAGGGGUUUGUCUGAGCGCCUGGCAACACUGAAGGGCAGCCGACCCCCUGAGAGCGAGACCCAGCAGGACACCCGCGGGGAGCCCAUCGAGCUCAAGACACAAUCCCUAUAAACCUGCUCCUGUCCUCCAACUCAUCCUGCGGAACAACGGACAAGGCCCUGAGCAACCACCUCCACCCACCCAUGUCUUCACACUCCAUCGCACAAGACUAACCCAAAAAAUACUAACAUGAUUCUCCCAGUGACACACACACAUGUUCAUAACCCUCAAUCCCAACACACAGUGAGACUCCUCUCCUCCCCUGCCGUGUCCUUCCUGUGUAUUCUGAACUGGACAUUUUUAUAAGAUAAGAACCUGAAGCUGCUACAGUUUCAUCUCCUCCACCAUCACCACCACCACCCACAUGCUUUCUCCAUCCAUCCAGGUCGACGAUCGAGGAAACCCUGAAACAAGCAGAGGGGUGAAAGAGGGGGAGACCAGGAGCAGGAUGAGCGUAAGAGGGCAUGGGUGGAGUAGAAGGGUGGGGAUUGAGUGAAGAGGGCAACACUCUGGGUUUGUGGUCAUUUCAGGUUGGGUUAGACCAGUGAAGAUGGACAUGCUUUUCAUUAUACAUCUGAAUUUAUCUCCAUUUUAGUUUCUUUUUUUCUUCUUUCCUUUACUUUAGGCUCAUUUUGUUUUCUGCACUUCAGACAAAAGACGUGGAAGUAUGAUGCCAUUAGAUUUGAGCAGGGUUUCACUUUUUUUCAAUAACUACCUUUUAUCUGUGGGUUUGUGAGUGUGUGUGUGUGUGUGUGUGUGUGUGUGUGACAGAGAGUGAGUGAAUGUGGCCUGUAUGUGCAAGUUUUUUUCAAGUGAGCAUCUGUGUGUGUGUGUAUGUGUGUGUGUGUAUGUGUGUGUGUGUGAUUGCAGAUACAGAUACUUUUUAUUUUGUUUUAUUUUCAUUACCGCUCUCCUGUUUACGCGCCAGUCACUGUGUUCAUCCUGUCACCAGUUUUUAAAAACACAAUCAUUGCUGGUUUUUGCUAUGAUAUCCAUUUUUACACCAACCAUCUGCUUCUUUUUUGUUUUUGAGCAAACGCAAUCCGAAAGAAAUGUUGUACCCCAGGCUUUGAUAUAGUGGGUUCUGUUGAAUGGAGAUCAGCCGUGCAAGCGUUUUUAUUGAGUCUCCUUUCACACUGAGUCUCACCUGGAGCACAAGGUGUUUCAAUAAAAUUUUAAAACACGG